AUGUCAUCCAUACUUAAUAAAUUUAGAAAGCAACCUCAAAAUGAUAUACCUGCAGGAAUAAAAAUAGAGAAUACUUUAUUUGGAUAGUAAAAUGGAACUUAUUAGCCUCCCUUAAUACCAGCUGUUUAAUUACCUCUAACUACUUAGCCAAGAUAAAAAGGAAGGCCUGGAGGAGGUAUAAAAAAUAUGUUAGUUAUUAGGCUGGGAUGAUGAAUCGGAGCCUUAAUAAUAAUAAUAAUAAUAAAUAUUAUCAAACAAACCAACCAAUAAUAUUAAUCUAAUUAAUGACACUCCACCAAAAUAAAAUGAAAAUAAAGCAAAUAUUGAUGUACUACUCCCACCACAAUCCUAUAAUAACAAUAUUUAAUUAAGCAGAGUGGCUGAAUAUAAAAAAGGACAAUUAUUAACUUAUGAAGAAUUGGAGAUUGGGGGAUUGUAUAUCUAUUCUAUAUAAUUUUAGUGAGUUCGAAUUUCAUCUAGUUGAGGAAGCAACUAAAUUAGGUGGAAUUAAAUUGAAAUAAAGUGAUUAAGUUCUUAAAGAAUUUGGAAGAGCCUGUUAAACUUUAUAAGAAUAGUUGAUAGGUAGCAUACUAUUGAAUAAGAUUUAUAGUGAAGAAAAUUGGAAAGUUCAAAUUGUAUACAAAUAAUAUCUAUUCUUUAGAGAUGCAUAUAUGCUAUUCAAUUUAUCAGCUAACAAUAUCAAAACUAUAGAGAAUUCUUUUAAAUUAAUUAGAAUUAUUUAAAGAUAGAAACAGAUUAAUAAAUAUUGUAAUCUGCCAUCGAGUAAACUCUUUUAGAGAUAAAUGGAUUGCAAUAAUAAAAAUAAAAAGUAAUGAUCUAUUAAUUUUUUUAGGAAUUUUAGUUUGAAUUUCGUGAACCACCUAAACAAUAAUAAAAUAUAGUAUAGAAAUAGCCAAAUCUUAUAGAAAUUGCUAAUAAUGAAGUUUAACAAAAAUAACCAUAACAACAAAAGCUUGAUUUAAAAUCUCUAAAAAUAAAAUAACCUUAAGUACAAUAGUAGUCUCAGCAAUAGUUAUAAUAAUAAUAGUAUCAAUAAAAAAAUACAUAAAUAGAUUUAUUAGAGGCAUUUAAUGA